AUGUCUGCAGACACCGUUGGAAAGACAAUCACCUGCAAGGCCGCAGUAGCCUGGGAAGCCGGCAAGGACCUCUCCAUUGAGGAGAUCGAGGUCCUGCCGCCCCGCGCGCACGAAGUCCGUAUCCAAAUCUACUACACUGGUGUCUGCCAUACCGAUGCCUACACACUCUCUGGCAAGGACCCCGAGGGUGCUUUCCCCAUUGUCCUUGGACACGAGGGUGCCGGUUACGUCGAGUCAGUCGGCGAGGGCGUUACCAACGUAAAGCCAGGCGACCACGUCGUUGCCCUAUAUACCCCGGAAUGCAAGGAGUGCAAGUUCUGCAAGUCCGGCAAGACCAACCUUUGCGGAAAGAUCCGUGCCACACAAGGAAAGGGUGUCAUGCCUGACGGCACAUCACGCUUCAGGUGCAAGGGCAAGGACCUCCUCCACUUCAUGGGCACAUCCACUUUCUCCCAAUACACAGUUGUCGCCGACAUCUCUGUCGUCGCCAUUACCGAGAACGCCCCCAUGGACCGCACCUGUCUGCUCGGCUGCGGUAUUACCACCGGUUACGGAGCUGCAACCAUCACUGCCGGCCGAGGAGGUGUCGAGGCUGGAUCCAACGUUGCCGUCUUCGGUGCCGGCUGUGUUGGUUUGUCAGUCAUCCAGGGAGCCGCCAAGAACAAGGCUGGUAUGAUUAUCGUAGUCGAUGUCAACGACGCCAAGGAGGAGUGGUCAAAGAAGUUCGGCGCCACACACUUUGUCAACCCCACCAAGCUCGGUAACCAGAGCAUCCAGGAGAAGCUUAUCGAGAUGACCGAUGGCGGUUGCGACUAUACCUUUGACUGCACGGGUAACGUCAAUGUCAUGCGUGCUGCUCUCGAGGCCUGCCACAAGGGCUGGGGAGAGUCCAUCAUCAUCGGUGUCGCCGCCGCCGGCCAGGAGAUCUCCACCCGUCCCUUCCAGCUUGUCACUGGUCGUGUAUGGAAGGGAUGCGCUUUCGGUGGUGUCAAGGGUCGCAGCCAGCUGCCCGGCCUUGUAUCCGACUACCUGCAGGGUAGCCUCAAGGUCGACGAGUUCAUCACUCACCGCCAGCCACUCGACAAGAUCAACCAGGCCUUUGGUGACAUGAAGGCUGGUGACUGCAUUCGCUGUGUCGUCAACAUGCGCGAAUAA